GGCCAGCUGCACAACAGUAACUCUGUGCUAUGCUUCGAGAUGUCAUGGGAAAAACCUUUCGACUUCUGGGGUAUACCAUUCAAUAUGGCUGCAUAGCACACUGUGCCUUUGAGUACCUUGGAGGAAUUGUUGUGUGUUCUGGACCUUCAAUGGAACCAACAAUUCAAAAUUCUGACAUUGUCUUUUCGGAGAAUCUUAGCCGCCAUUUUUAUUGCAUUCAGAAAGGUGAUAUUGUAAUUGCAAAAAGCCCAAAUGACCCAAAAUCAAAUAUCUGUAAAAGAGUAAUUGGCUUGGAAGGAGACAAAGUCUGUAUAAGCAGUCCUUCAGAUUUCCGUAAGAGUCACAGUUACGUGCCUAAAGGGCAUGUUUGGUUAGAAGGAGAUAAUCUCAGGAAUUCUACAGAUUCCAGGUGUUAUGGACCUGUUCCUUAUGGACUGAUAAGAGGACGCAUUUGCUUCAAGAUAUGGCCUCUGAAUGAUUUGGGAUUUCUGCGUGCUAGCCCCAACGGUCACAGAUUUUUGGAUGAUUAAGAGAACUAAUAAGUGAAUUCUGCCAGUUUACUUAACUGUCUUACAAUGCUUUAAUAGCUUUUUUUUACUGAGUGAAUGAAACAAUGUGUUUGUAUUUACAAAAAAUUAAACAUUAUGACUAAGAUAUCAAA